AUGAAACACCUUCUACUGCUUCUCGUCGCAGCCGCGCCGCUAUGCUUGGCCUUGCCCGAGUCGAUCAGCUUCGUCGAGCCGGCCGACCUGCCCGAGGAGUUCAUGCAGGCGCAUCUCGGCUCAAACGACGCCCAAGUGUGCAUUGACAAGCAGCUGCUCCAGUGCCAGAACAGCUUCAACUGGUAUCUGAACAUUACGAGUGAUGCCGACUGGACCAACCCCACCGUUCUCAUCCACCUCAUUCAGGGCUUCUACGAGCAGGGCAUCUCCGGCAUUCUGAAGCUCUGCACGGCGCGCACCUAUUUCCAGCAGUGCCUUGGCUCGUCUUACAUGGCGUGUAUGCAGCCGACAAAGUUCCUCUCCAAGGGGCAGAGCCUGCGCGACGCGUGGCGGUACAUUGGCGUGAUGCGAGAGCUCGAAUUCCAGUGCAAUGGCGGAUUUUUGCAAACCACUCAAAACUGGGACUGUAUUCUGCAGAUCCAGAAGUCCCAAAAAGAUAUGUACGCCCAAUGCCAGGACGCUUUCCACAACGCCACGCAGAAGGACCCAACCAUCGUCUGCCAGGCUUCCGUCGAUUUCUCCAACUGUGCCCGAGCACCCUACUUUGUUGGUUGCGGAGCUGAUGCCGGUUGGUGGGAGUGCGAGCGGGUGCGAAUCUCGCUGAACCUCGACCAGUCGUGCCCGGAGAAUCUGUGCGCGUUCAACCAUUUCCUGGCGCCGCAGCCCUCCUCGCUGAACAAGUACCUGUCGCAUGGCGAAAAGCUGGCCCAGACGCAGCAUGUUUCUCAAAACAAACUCGACUUCCUCGCCGACCGUGUCCGCCGCAUCGAGAAGCGCAUGACCAACAAC